UUCCCCAUCACGUGGAUAUGGAAUUGGAUGAUGGUUUACACCCCGAUGGUCCCCCAGGCUGUUGAAGAACUAUUGCGAAGAAGAGCAUGAGAAAUAAUCUCCGGACGGUAACCAGCUCAAAAAUGGCAAUGGAGUAGGGAUGCCAGACCUCCGUUUUUCCGCCAGAGACUCAGGCAUCUGAGGGCCCUCUCUGAUGGAUCAGACAACUGGUCAGCAGUCACCAACGAUUCCAUCCAGCCAAACCAUGCAUGGCUCAUUCUUGUCUGGGAGGAUGAGUUGGAGGCACACAAUACCCUCUGGCAGGCAACGGAACAUGACAUGCAGAAUGCCAUGGAUAAGGCAGGGCCAGAGCUUGGUGAACUUCAACAGCAUACAGCAAUCCCGGUGCCGCUCAACAUCCCUUGCUUUCAAACGCCAUCUAGAGAACAGAGAUCAGGAACCCAGCUCCAAACACUUCCUCUCAGAGGACAAGAUGGCUGCCCGCUUCAACUCUCUUAGCCUGGACAAUGACCACAUCUACAGCUCCAAUGGCUUCCCUCUCUACCAUGAAGACCCCAAGUGGCAGGAAGCACACACACGACUGAAAGAACUACAGCAGAGUCUGUCCCAAGAUGAAGCCAAUGAAGAAGCCAGUUCAACAGAAGAGAAUGAGCUCAACAAUGUAAUUGUGGAUGGGGAAUUCAUUAUGGCAGAUUGCCCCAUCCUGACACAUCCUUCCUUCUUACAAGACCCAGUUGCAGGAGUCAGUCUUGUACCUGAAGAGGUAUUUCUCUCUCUGAACCCUUGUACAGAAGUUGUCCUUUGGAGCCCCCCAGGUAACUCAGGCUUGGACACCAUCCAGACAUUGAUGGCUAUCCUAUCUUCCUUCAGCGCUUUUGCACAGUCUCAGCAAGAUGUAGGGGCAGUACAAGAGGAAAUGGAAAUAUGAGGUUUCAUCCAUUUUGUUCUAAAGCCAAAACCUGUAUUUCUGGUUGGCCUGUCAGACUUUCAACAAAUGACAUCAUUAUCCAGGCUCAACACAUUUGACCACAGAUGUUUUUACAGCUGUGUAGGAACACCCAGCAUUUUUUCAACUGACUGCAAUAAACUGAUCCCCUCCCCUCAACUAUAAAA